ACUUGGCAGUGAUCGGACCAGUCUAAUGUCACUCGAUCACACCUUCUGACAUAUUUCAAAACUAACAAAUCGGCGGAGACACGGGCACCGACACCUUAAAGAACUGUUGUGAGAAGCAAAUUUGAGGACUAUUACACUGUCCGAUACAGAGGGACAUCCACACCACUUAUUAUCUACAUUUCCAGCCAUGUCUCAGAAAACAGGGGACUCAUCUCAACCAUUCUUCCGCCGAGAGGACGGUGAGGUCGGUAUAUAUGUGAAGAUAUACGACGCUAAGGCGGAGAACGCUCACGACAUAGGCUCGGAACAAUACUACCGCAUGGAUCUGAUGGACAGACUCUUUGAAAUAUACCAGGCUGCUGAUAUUGUCAACAUGAAAGCUGCUUUGGACAAGAAAAAUAUAUUUCAUGGAGCGUAUCUUGAACGAUUCGAAAAAGGAAUCAUACUUGCUGUCGGGUUUGAUGACGUAGAUGCACUAGAGAAUGUUUGGAGACUCCAUAAGGAUGAUAAACUUCAGAGGGCGCUCCAGGACAUAUUGAUGACGCCAGCACUACUCAACUCCCUAGGAGCCAGCAACAUCACACUUUGGAUAAAGAUGACGGAGGAGGAGUAUAAGAAAUGUAGAAAUGAACUUCUCUGUAGAAAGAUGGGCAAAGUCAGCAUAUCCUCACUCCCAUCGGAUGUCGGAGUCUUAAAGUGCAUGAAGAAAUACCAAGAAAAGUUAAGUAAAGACGCCCAGGACAUCCGGGACAGCGAGAGCAACGUCGAGCGCAAACUAGGAGAAUUCCUUCAAACAACGAAACAAAUACUUCCUAAGGAUGUGGCAUCAAUCAAAACACUGAAGGAAUUCGAAACUUACCACAAAGAUGCUAAGGGGGCUAACAAGAAAACUGGUCCAGUGGAUGCCUUUGCAAAUACCCUCAAGCAACUGAGGACAACAUUUAGCGAAAUCGAGGCUAGUGUUUGUAAUCCGUUGUUACAGAUACACAAACGAUGCGAGAACGAUAAACAACAGGAAUUGAAACAGAAAAUAAGUAAAACAUGCAGGGACGCGCAGGCGUUACUCAAACCGGAAGUAGAUCUUACGCAAGUAUCGCACAAGGAUUGGCAGAAGAAAGUAUUACAACGUGAGCAGGAACUAUAUCGCGGACUAAUAUGUAUCAUUCCGCUCACGUGCGAAGCUGUGAUGGACUGUAGCUUCAUGCUGGAUGAAUAUCUGUUGGAUUAUCCAAGCCAAAUUUACAAAUAGAUACCAUAUCCAUGUAUGUAGGUCCUUAAGAUAUCUCCACAUCAGUCAGCGACGCGCGUUCGAUAUCACAGGAACCUACAGCUACGCGCAUUCGAUAUCACAGCAGUCCAGCGACAGGAGUUUUACAAAAUGCGCUAGGUAUACGGUACCAGAAACAGAACGGCUAUUUUAAAUUGAAUACGUAUCGUGUUAUACGUUUUUAUGUCACACACGAAUUUUCACCAUAGUUGUGACUGGCUUAUCAUUAUGUAUCUAAAUUCUAUUCUGAAGCGUACUUUGCAUAAUGGAUGUUACGAUAUCAUAUUCACAUAUGGAACACUAUCCACUCUGCCUGUUUAUAACCUCUAUUAACUAUCAAUUAGGUGAUUCGUGUUAAUGUUCUUUAUAUUAGAUGCAAUUCUGUUAUGAUUAGCUUGAGUCAAUAUUUAUAUAUAUUGUAGUAUAUUUCUAUGUUGUUUUCUAGUCUGUUGUAUAGAAUAUUAUAUAUUUAUAAUAAAUAUUUAUCUUUGUGUAUUUUCAAUAAUAAAUAUUAAAAGAUCAUCA